UCGACCGGUGGGCACCGCUGUUAGUCUCGCCCUUCUCGACCAAGCGCUCGGCGGACUCUGCCCCGCGAAAGCCCUCCACGCCGCCCGAUGGCCCGCCCGGAGACCUUCCAGCUGCUGCCGAAGCCCCGCGGGCAGCUCUUCCCGCUCCUGGCUCUCUUCGCCUUGGCGCUGCUGUUGCAAGGGCGCGGCGGCCGCGCGGCUUCUUUGCAGGGCGUCGAGGAAGCGCCCCCCAUGGCCAAGAUCUACCCCCGAGGCAGCCACUGGGCAGUGGGUCAUUUCAUGGGGAAAAAGAGCACCGGAGACUUUCCUUAUAUAUAUGAAGAGCGGCAAGAGAUGCCCUUCUCUUUGCUGCCAGAUAAUGUCAAACAGCUGGGCAGCUAUUUGCAGCAGGAUGAAUCCUUCAAGGAGCUGCUCAAGCGCAUGGAAGAUAGUGAAGAUCAAAGCACUCAGGUUCUCCGGGAAGAACUGCCAUUUUCUGCCAAGAAUGUUUGGGGGACAGAGGAAAGCAGCAGCUUCAAAGACAUGAUGGAGCUCCUGCUGCAAGUAAUGGAUAAAAAGGAAAGCACUCCCAGUUGAAAUGACUGCCAUCCUGCACUGAAGACAUAGAAUAAUGUCCUUAAGAGACUAUUGUUUCAUAAGCAUUUUAUUGUACAUGAUAACUAAACAAUUAUCUUUUCUGUUAAAACAAGAUUUUUUUCCCCUUUAGUGUAAAAGAACCUAUUUACUUGUUCCCCUAACAAUGGCUACGCUUUUCGGUGGCUUUUUUUCCUUUCCAAGCAGCAUUUUUCUUGCUUGAAUUGCUUUGUUGUACAUAAUUGUCAAUGAAGGGUCUUCCAAUUCUCUGACAAUACUUUGCAUUUCUCUCUUCAAUCAUCGCAUCUUUUAUCUUGCAAUCAUCUAGCAUUUCAA